CACAGCGAGGUGGAGAUGGCAGUGUGGGAGGCUGAGCAGAAGCGCGGCCUGGUGCGCUCAGACCUGCUGCCGACCGUGGCGACGGGCAGCGAGAACGGCGACAAGCCAGCGCAGCCCCAAGUCCAGUUCUACUGCCGGGCCUGCUUGGUGACCUUCAGCUCCCAGGAGAGCUUCGAGAACCACUGCUCCCUGGUGGAGCACGCGCAGAUGGUCUCGGCCGACACCAUGAUCCAGUGGGCUCACCGCACGCCUCCCUAUGGGCUGAUCACAUUCACACUGUGCAACAGAGGGGACAUCUGCGAAUAUGGUGAACGGUGCACCAAGGCCCAUUCCGUAGAGGAGCUGCAGGAGUGGAUCCAGAGAGCGAAGGCUGUCGAGAGGAACAAGAAAUCUGCCAAGAGAGACGGGCUCCUCUCCUACCAGGACCGUCUCAUUGCUGAGUACAAGGAGUGCCGCAACGAGGUGUUCAUUCUUUCUGAGCAGGUUGAUGGCGUCGUGGUUACCUGCGAGCAGCCCAUGCGGGUGCAUUCAGAGGACAGGAAGAUGCGAUACUGGUGGAAGUUCAAAGUUCACUCCCAGAUGCCUCUGAGGCACGUGGCGUUACUGAAGAGAGAUCCCGGAGCCACCUUCUUCCUAGCAGGGGACGGGUUCCCGCGGGGCCUCACCUACAUCCGGGGGGAGCGGUUAAAGGCUCUGCCGUCACCGCAGCUCUCGUGCCUGGUGGAGGUCUGCAUGGAGUGCUGCACGUUCGGAGUCUAUGAGCAGUGGGUUGUCUUUGACUUCGGCAGCCGCCCUGUCCUGGUGCGGAAAAUCCAGGCCAAGAUCGGCAAGCGGGAGCUCCCCCGGCACGUCCCGGCUGGCACGGAGGGCAGCCGCUUUGUGAACUUUCAGCGCUGGCACAGCGGCAACCGGGUGAUCGUUCCCAGCGUGGAGAUGACCAGUGACGAGGUGGACCUGCUAGCCAAGUACAAAGCGCCAGCGCUCUCCCUGGAAUUCCGGCCCGGCAGCGCUGCGAACACGCCCAUCACCCACCUCAACUACAGGGAGAGGAUGCACGACUUCCUGUUCCGAGAGGAGGAAGCGGAGCAGACCCUGAUUGACAAGCUCAACCUCCAGGUCACCGUCUCCCUGACCCCAAUGCUGCAGACCCUGUCCAUGGGGAUGAAGUUCGCCCUCCCUGGUGAGCUCUUUGCUGAAGUGCCGACCCCUUGUGCCCUAACGCCGGACACCAACGAGGGGUACCUGCUGAGCCGGUCUGUGAGCACCGCUUUCCUGGCACCUGACCCGCCCACGGACAACCGGGUGUACGAGGUCAAGGUGGAAAGCAAGGCCAUCACGGAGAAGAGCAUCUGGCUCCUCGUCCCCAAGAGAUGCUGCUCUGAGCUUGGCUUCCAGCAGGGCACCUCCUGCAAGGUGGAGAUCCAGUUCCAGAUCGACCGGCUGCAGUUCCGGCUGUGGCACUACGCGGUGGACCAGCUGCUGGACGAGCGGCUGAUCCUGCCCGACGUUGCAGCCUGUUCCAUCCCUCACUCCCCUACGCUACCGCUGAGCGGGAACAAGAAGCAGAUGCAGGCCAUCUCCUUCAUCACCAGCCAGGCCACCAGCACCAGGCAGGUCCCUCCUCUUCUGAUCUAUGGGCCUUUCGGCACAGGGAAGACCUUCACCUUGGCCAUGGCCACCAGGGAAAUCAUCAAGCAGCCCAACACGCGAGUGCUGAUCUGCACUCACACCAACAGUGCAGCUGACAUCUACAUCCGUGAGUACUUCCACGAGUAUGUCACAAACGGGCACCCCAGGGCAGUCCCGCUGAGGAUCAAAUACACAGACCGUUCCAUCAGCAUGACUGACCCCGUCACUCAGCUGUACUGCUCCCUUUCUCCAGACCAGAGGACCUUCAGGCAACCCACUCAAGCAGAGAUCGAUAGGCACCGCAUUAUCAUCACCACAUCCAUGCUGUCCAAGAACCUGAGGGUGCCCCCUGGAUAUUUCACCCACAUCUUGAUAGAUGAGGCGGCUCAGAUGCUGGAAUGCGAAGCUCUGAUCCCGCUCUCGUAUGCUACUUUUGAGACUCGAGUCGUCCUAGCUGGGGACCACAUGCAAGUGACCCCUAAGUUGUUCUGCCUGGGAGGUGAGCAGUCGGCCGACCACACCCUGCUGAACCGCCUCUUCCAGUACUACCAGAAGGAGAAACACGAAGUAGCCCUGAAAAGCAGGAUCAUCUUCAACGAGAACUACCGCUCCACUGCGGGCAUCAUCGAGUUUGUCUCCAAGCAUUUCUACGUCAGCAAAGGCAACACCAUCCAUGCCAGCGGCAACGUCCCGCCCCACCCUGAGCUCCACCCGCUCAUGUUUUGCCACGUGCCGGGCUCCACCGAGCGGGAUAUGGCCAUGACGUCCUGGUACAACGUCGCCGAGAUCAUGCAGGUGAUCGAGAAAGUGCAAGAGAUGCACCAGAAGUGGCCAGAUGAAUGGGGAGCCCGGGACCUGAAGAGAAUCUGCGUGGUCUCCCACGGCAUGCAGGUCAAUGCAAUAAGGCAGGAGCUGAGGAAGAAGCACCUGGGAGAGGUGGCAGUGGAAAACUUUGAAAACUUACCAGGGAGGGAGUUUCGGGUCAUCAUCAUCAGCACAGUUCACACCAAGGAAAGCCUGCUCAGCUCCGCCUCCCCCAACAUGGAGUUCUUCAACGAAGCGAGGGUGCUAAACACCAUCAUGACGAGGGCCCAGUCGCAGGUCAUCGUGGUGGGAGAUGCUGUGGCCUUGUGCUCCUAUGGCCAGUGCAGCAAGGUCUGGAAGCGCUUCCUCCAGGAGUGCAUUGAGAAGGGCAGCGUGACUCCGGAAACGCUGACGCUGGAGCAGAUUAAGCAGGCAGUGUCCGACAAGCAGAGCUGGAUCCGGGGAAGCACGGAGCAGCAGCAGCUGCUUGAGGAGGACGACAGCGACACGGAUUCCUGGACCUCCGAAUUGGAUAACACAAAUCCCGAUGAUCCCAUUCUCCAGGAGCUCCUGGAUGAGAGCAAGAACGUCCAGGUGACUGUUUCCGAAGAAGGGUUGCUGAACGUGAGCUCCGAGGCGUCGGCCCAGCAGAACGGCCGGCUGGAAUAUGUCAACUUCUCCUCUCCCACAAUGCAGGAGUAUCUUCGCAUGCACCCCAAAAUGUACAAGAGGUGUGAGCUGGUCAAAGAGGGGUUUGACAGAGCAUCUGCCUUCGCCUUCGAUGACUCGCCUCCUCUCAACAUUCAGAUCAAAGGCAGAGUUCGCUGUGGCAUGGCUUUCACUGGCGACCAAGUGCUAGUGGAGCUCCUGCAGACCAGCGCCCCUGAGGGCGGCACCCUCCGUCCCCAAGGGAGAGUGGUGGGGGUGCUGACGCAGGCCGAGCGACAGCGGGCCUUCGUCUGCAUGAUGGACGAGUAUGACCCCCGCGUGAUGAUCCCCAUCGACCACACCAUCACCAAAAUAUUCGUCCCAGGGCUGAAAGAAAAACCCAAUGUCGUCCCCAUCCGCAAACUGGUAAAGGGGAAGUACCAGGUGGUCAGGUGUGAGAAGAUAAGCCAGGAGAUGAAAAGAAGUCAGCUCUUCUAUGUCCAAAUUAUCUCCUGGCGGGAAGGUUUUUACUACCCUCUGGGCAUAGUAACAGACAUCCUGCCCAUGGCUUUGACUCUGGAAGAAGGCUUGAAGAUACUUGAUUUGGAGUACGGUCUGGCAAAAAAGUACCCAAGCGAGGUGACCACGGAGCUGGCCAAAAUUACCUCCAGCAAAUCCAACCCUCCCAAGGAGAAUCGGAGGGACUGCCGGGGCUACCUGACCUUCACUGUCGACCCCCCAGGCUCUAGAGAUUUGGAUGAUGCCAUAAGUGUCCGAGAUGAGGGCAAUUGUUACGAGAUUGGUAUCCACAUCGCAGACGUGGCUGGCUUUGUUCCCAAAGACAGUGCUUUGGAUACGGAGGCGAAGAAACGAGGCACUACUUACUAUGCCCCUGGUAAGGAGCCGCUGUGCAUGUUCCCACCCCGGAUCAGCCAAGACCUCUGCAGCCUCCUGCCACAAAAGGAUCGCCACGUGAUCUCCCUGUUUGUUACUGUAGAAAAGACCACAGACAGGGUGAUGAAAGGGAACUUCACUGUGUCCACAAUCCACUCGGACCGGCAGCUGUCCUACGAGGAGGCAGAGAGCAUCAUUAAGAACCAUUACAGUGGGGAAGCGAAGACCCUUCGCUUUGACACCCUUGAGGACUGUAUAGCUGUGGCUUAUCACUUCUCAAGGGUCCACCGACAGUUCAGGCUGCAGGAAGACUGUUACUACGACCGGCUGGAUGAGGAAAGUACCCCAGGCAACAGGGGAUCCCACCAGAUGAUAGAGGAGUUCAUGAUCAUGUUCAACAGCUUCGUGGCCGAGUUUCUAACCAACAAAGACCACACCAAGAACGUCACUCCUCUCCGGUGUCAAAUGGAGCCCAACCCCCAGCAGGUGGCUCAGAUGAAGAACAAAUACAGCCACAUCAUCCCUUUGUCUAUCCACCUCUCGCACCACCUGGGAGCUCUGCCUGCUGGCCCAGCCCCUGCUGGGCGGGGUGAGUUCAGACUCCUGACCCCACUGUGGGAGCACCUCCAGUCAGCUGUAGAUGCUCGUGAUGUCCACAAGAUGCUCGACCUCAUUGCUACCGAUGACAUUCACCCGAAGCUCGCCCCCAUCGUCCUGGAGUUCAGGAGGCUCCUGAGCCGCUCCUAUUUCAGUCGCUCCAACUCGACUGCUCAGUCUAAGGCGGGACAUUACUCCUUGCACGUCGACUCUUACACCUGGGCCUCCUCCCCCAUCCGCCGAUACCUGGACGUCGUGGUCCAGCGGCACCUUCGUUCCGUGCUCUGCAAGAAGCCAGUGCUGUACUCCUUGGAGGACAUCGAAUUUCUCUGCCAUGACUUCAACAGGAAGAACUUACGGGCAGUAACCUACGAGAAGAGGGCCCAUUCCCUACAGAUGGCCACCCGGCUGAGGUGCCAAGUCCUGCAGAAGAUCGCGUUCGUUGUGAGUGUUGAGGGAAUUGAUAGGUUCUUUAAAGCCUUGUUCCCGCUGAACAAGGAGACCCUUCCGGAUCCCCAAGUGAUCAACUACCGGGCUCUGCAGUUAGUGGAACAGCCCUCGUUUAGCCAAGAGCGGAACAGCAUGAGGCUGACGUGGAGGCGGCGAAUGUACUCCGUGGCGAGCUCAAAGGAGCACGCCCCACGGUCCUCGCCGCUUCGGGACCGCCACAUCACCCUCUUCAGCGCUCAGGUGUGGGAAGACGUGCUGGCGGCCGUCAGAAAGGAAGAGUUCGAGAGCGUGAUUGCUCUCCUCUGGCAGGGCCGGGCUACGCGCCAGAGGCAGGUGGGGAGAAUGGAGAGAAGCAACUGCUCGCACUACGUGGGGCUGUCUCUAGAACUGAGCGCCGGGGACGCUGUGCAGCUACAGCUCACCACGGGUGUCCAUCGGGGAUUUCUGGUGCCGUUUGUGCAGCUGUGGAGCGUGACGCCGGAUUUUGACGUCUGUUUGGAGCACACGGAAAAGCCCAUCAACUGCUUCUCGAAGUAUGCCACGCACGCGUCCAAGGACAAGUACAAGACUCCAUUGGACUAUCGCAGGGUGUGGCAGCCACUCAGUGCUAUGGAAUCUGCUUCGUGCGCUGUGGCAGAAAACGACUCCGUUGUCCUGCAGGAUGUCAAAAUAACCUGGGACAAGCAAAGAAACAGCAAAGAGCAGCUGCAGGGGACUUUCUCCUUAACCAAAAGCUUCCUAGAGGAGUGCGCCAUUGAUGUAGACUUCAACCACUGUUACUUGUGCAUCCGGCUAGAGGGCCUGACGCUCUGUGCACGCCGUAAUGACGAGGCGUGUCUUAGCCACAGCCUCCAGAAACUCAGCUUGUCCAACGAGAGCACGGCAGGUGGCAGCUUUGUGGUUGAUCCGGCUACAUACACUUGGGUAGCCCAUGGGCUGUCCGAAGAGUGUAGUGACAAUGAGAAGCUGGACAGAAGUGGACUGAAGACUGUGAAUUUUUACAUCCAUUUUAUGUCCAUGGAGACGGUUCCUGCGGAGAUCUCCCAGGACUCAGCCAGGUUUACGGUGGAGAUCAUUCCAAAGAUGCUUCCGGAUGUCCGGAAGGAGAAUGCAAUCUGGAAACUGCAACAUGCCUCAAAGCUCGCCAAGAGCAUAGCGCUGGGCCGGGAGCCUCCUCAGACAGCAGAGAAAAAAUCCAAACUCCAGACACAAAAAACCUUUGAUAUCCCUGGGAGCCUAAGGAAGCUCAACCAAAGUCAAAACAAGGCAAUCCUAGAUGCUCUGAGAAAACCCUUCACUCUCAUCCAGGGACCACCAGGCACGGGGAAGACGGUGGUUGGCGUCCAUAUUGUCUACUGGUUCAACAAGCUGAAUGAGGAGAGGCUGGAGAAGGAACCAUCUCUGGAUGAUGCGGAAAACGCAAGAAAAUGCAUCUUGUACUGUGGCCCAUCCAACAAGUCUGUCGACGUUGUUGCAGAGAUGCUGUUGAAGAUGAAGGGGAACCUGAAGCCUCUGAGGGUUUAUGGCGAGGCACUGGAGUCGAUGGAAUUCCCCUACCCCGGGAGCAGCCGGCACUUCUCCCGGAAAGCCCUGCGGGAUGCAAAACCUAAGCCGGAGCUCAGUGAAAUAAUUUUGCAUCACCGAAUCCGGCAGCCGUCCAAUCCUUUCUGGCGAAAAAUCCGUGACUUUGAUGCAAAAGUGAAAAGAGAAGAGCAGAUAUCAGAAGAGGAGGUUAAGAAGUACAAAAGCCUGUUGUCAGACGCCCGUGCGCAUGAGCUGCAACUCCACAAUGUCAUCCUGUGCACGUGCUCCGCUGCCUCUGCCAACAGCCUUGUGGACAACCUGAAUGUCAAGCAGAUCCUCAUUGAUGAGUGCGCCAUGUCCACUGAGCCAGAGACCCUCAUACCCCUGGUCAGCUACGGGAAGGCAGAAAAGGUUGUUUUGCUUGGGGACCAUAAGCAGUUGCGGCCUGUGGUCCACAACGAUUUCUGCAAGAGCCUUGGCAUGGAGACGUCCCUCUUUGAACGUUACCGGGACCAAGCCCAGAUGCUGGACACGCAGUACCGCAUGCAAAAGGACAUCUGCAGGUUCCCAUCCCAGGAAUUUUACAGGAGCAAGCUGACGACCUGCCCUGAGCUUAAACGCCCUACCAGCGCACUCGAACACAGAUACAAAAGCGGCUGUCCAAUCAUCUUCGGGCACAUAGAGGGGAAGGAGCAGAGUCUGAUGGUCUCCACCGAGGAGGGAAACGAGAAUUCCAGGGCUAACCUGGAAGAAGUGGAACAGGUGGUGAGGAUAGCAAAGCAGCUGACCCUGGAUGGCACCAUCAAGCCAGUGAGUGUUGCCAUCCUGAGCCCGUACAACGCCCAGGUGUCGGAGAUCAACAAACGUCUCACCCAGGAGGGUGUCCGCGGGAUGACGGUUUGCACCAUCAUGAAAAGUCAAGGGAGUGAAUGGAAGUACGUGAUCCUGACCACUGUACGCUCCUGCUCUCGAUCGGAUAUUGAUCGGAAACCCACCAAAAGCUGGCAGAAGAAGUAUCUGGGAUUUGUUAUUGACCCAAACCAGGUCAAUGUAGCCAUCACUCGGGCUCAAGAGGGGCUCUGCAUUAUAGGAAACCGUUAUCUUCUAGAAUCCAACCCUUUGUGGAGAAGACUGCUGGAGCAUUACAAACGGAUGGGAUGCAGCACUUUGGCUCACGACAUUCGGGUCAGGAAGAAGUCAGCCCUUCACUGAUGGGAAUGGAUCACAACUGGAUAAACCAGUCCCUGCCUGAAAUGUUUGAUGGGUACAUUGGGGAACAAUGCUGUGUUCAGGCCUCUUUUCUACCCGUCAGGCAUUAACCAGUGAACAAAAGGCACCAGGGAUUGGCAAGCUGCACUUUCCUUGCAUGUUGACCACUUACCUUAAGCUUUUUUUAAUGAAAAGGCAACCUUGGAUCAAGACUUUCAGCAUUUGCAAACCAAAAAGCUUUGGAAGUUGAGGGUGCAGGAGGAGAUUGUGCUAUUUUGUGGAAGCCAAGAGAUCCUCAGUGGAAUUCCCAACCUGCCUUUUUGUGACAGCAGCUAUUCUUUGGGGACCAAAUAGAUAUUUCCACUUCAUCAGGAGGUGAAGGAUGGUGUGUGACAGACCUACAGCUGAGCUGUAGGAUCAAGGCUGCCGAGUGCUACCACUAAUUCUGAAACCAAGGCCAGGAAACUACUAAGGCGAUCUCAUUUCUCAAAGCAGAAAAAACAAUCUGUUUUAUUUUAAAUGAAGGAAGAAACCGGGAGAAAACCAAAAAAACAAA